CCUCACUGGUCACGUCACACGCCAGGAUGAAUCAGCAUGCAGGUGCUCCACCCACCUUACUGUGUACGUUCAGAGACCAUGCAGAUUGGAAUCAGGACAGAUGCACGAAAAAGAGGCGUCGCUGCUCGAGGCAGCUGCUGUGUGUGUGACACUUGAGGCUAAAAUGGAGCAGGAUUUCUUGAGCGUGGCGUUAUCCCAUGAAACUGAGGCUCGAAAAAAAAAGCCAAAGCGAAGAAGAGUGGGUAGAGGCCGAGAUUGGGCGUUUGUUACACCAUGCGGAGGUGGAUGACGAAGAUGAAGCAAGGUCAAGCCCAACUUCAGAGCUCCAGGCUGUUGAUGAGAGGUGGAAAGGAGACUCAUGUGUUGGUCAUGUCUUCUCAGCCUACCUUUCAAGCCUGGAAUGCCGUCAGUCAGACGAACAAGACCUCAUUUCUGAUGCAUUCUCUGCACUAAAUAUGGCAACAGGUUCUUUGGCUAAGAGACCAGACAACAGUGUUAAAGAAGUUAUUACAGAUCUUACUCUUACUCUUUCCCGUUUGGAGCAAAAAGAAAGCAAUACUCUUGACUCAGUGACUAUAGAAACUUAUCAGAUCGAAGAAAAGGGGAACACUGAAGGUGAAGCCCAGCUCAAGAAGAAGACUGAUUCCACUACUGUUGAAGGGGUUAACCUAAAACGAACAGUAAACUCAGCUUAUAACGAAGAAAGAAGGGCUGAUUUUACAUCCAACCAACAAAGAGAGGCUGUGGCUGUGGUGGAAGCAUCACCUAUAUUGGAGGGCUCCAAUUCUAGUGCAGAGGGAAUCUCAAAAACAACGACCGUCGGUGACUCCUCAGAUAAUAAUGACAGUUCACGUUAUGACCAGGACGGGUCCAGUGAGUCUGGUGACCUCUGUGACCUUGAGUUAGGGCCGGAUGAGUUGAGUGACGAGGUUCUGGCUGUUUUUGAACAGGUCAGGAAUGACCAGAGGACAUGUGAGGAACAGCUUUCUACAGAACAGAAACAACGAGAGGCUGAGCUCACCAUGGAGAUAGAGGAAGCACAAAGAAUGAUUGCUGAAUAUCAAGAGGCAGAGAUCCAAAGGGCAAGAGUGUUGGAACAAGCGAGACAUAGGGCAGCAGUAACACUUCAGGCACACUGGAGAUGCUACUCAGUAAAGAAGAUUUAUGGAAGCCAGCUGGAGGACUUAAAACAGCAACGACUACAAAGAGUAUAUAGAUCAGCGCAGCGGCUGCAGUCUAUUUGGAGAGGGUUUGCUACUCGCAAACAGUAUGGCCCUGUGCUUGAAGCACAGCGAGCUCUAAGACUAGAGAGCCUACAGGCUGAGGUUAGGAAUCAGUGUGCUACAAGAAUCCAGGCUCUCUGGAAAGGCUUCCGUGUUCGGCGUAUCCAUGGACCAGCAUUGUCUGCUCUAAAACAGGAGAGGCUUCGUGAAACUCGGAGGAUAAGAGAGGAGCUGAAUCACAAACUGAAUGCCAAGGCCACUAUCAUUCAAGCAAGCUGGAGAGGCCACUAUGUCCGUCAAACAUACACUCCACUACUGAGAGAACGAAUGGGAAUCUGGAGGGAGGAGAUGAGUCACAGGAGGAACCUAGCUGCUACAAGGUUACAGGCUCACUGGAGACACUGUGAGAGACAGAGGAUGGGACAGUGGCUGCUAGAGGAGAAAAGGAAGAAGAAGGUUCUUGAGGAGAAGCGACACAGAGCUGCCUGUGUCGUCCAAGCAUACUGGAGAAUGCACUGCUGUAGGAAACAGUUCCUUCAAUACAGAAAAAGCAAGAGCAGUGAUGUUUCUGAGCCAUCAUCUGCAGAGGGACCCAAGAGGUCUUCACGCUCACCGGGCAGACUGAGCGUUUCACGACGACUUGAAUCAGCCUUGAGCCUUAAGUCACACAAUGCUGCACCUGUCAUCCAUAAGCAAGGAACUCCUUGUAGUCAACGAAAUAGUAACACAACAUCCACUCAUCAAGGUUUUGGAAUCACCGUUGAAAAUGAGCAAGAUGAGAUUGUGCAACCUGAGCAGCAGGCCUUGAUGGCUCUUCAAAUUAGCAGAGAGAGGGAAAAAUUUGCAGCUCAGCAGGCCCGGAUCAAAAUGAGUCAGGCUAUGAUGCACUCAGAGGCCGAGAGAGCACUGCAGGAGAAGCAGAGCUGUGCCAGCUAUCAGAAUGAACUCAACCACUGCUCAACUCCAGUGGCAGCACAAGUGUGGCUGGACGUGGUACACCAGAGAUUACAACAAUGGUUCAACUCCAUCACCCCCUGGAAGGAACCACCUCUACCCAUAACUGUAGGAGAACCAGUUCCUAUCCCCACUGCCAGACAUCAGCCUGUCACCAAGACAUUAUCAAGGGCUGAUCUCUUGGCUGCUUCCCCUGAAGAAACAUCUCCAAGCAGGGUGGAGCAUGUGCUGCUGAAUGAGCUGAACUUUGUUCCCGAUGUUAGCAGUCUAUCUUGCUGCCAUCAGCUUUGCUCUCUGGACAUCAUAAAUUGCGGACUUUCUUCUCUUACAUCCCUACCUUCUAAUGUACCCAUAGCUGCUCUCAAUUUACAGGGGAAUAAUCUGGAGCAGAUUGACCUGCAAAGUGUAGGCUCUACACUAAGGUUCCUUAACCUCUCAGAGAACAAACUGAGCUCUGUACAUGGCCUUGAGGGAUGCUCCAAUCUCCUAGAUUUGGACAUUUCUGGAAACAGGAUUACCAGACUGGGAGGUUUGGGUUGCUGCUGGUAUCUGCAGAAUUUGUCAGCAGAGAGUAAUCUGUUGGUGGGCUCUGCUGGUCUUGAGAACAUGCCGUAUCUGCAAACGCUCUCCUGCGCAAGAAAUCACCUUCCAGUAGCUCCAGAUGUUUCCCACUCUUCAUUGCUCUCUGUGUUACACCUGCAGCAAAACAACCUGCAAGAGGCCCCUGGGCUGCCACACCAUGUUGUGUUGAGGGAACUAAGGUUGGAGGACAACAGUCUGACUGAUGUAUCCCCUCUCUGCCAGGCCUGGCUACCUCUCCUCCAGACUCUCUCCCUGGCUAGGAAUUGCAUAACACACUUGGAUUCUCUUCUGCCGCUUAUUAUGCUGAAUAUUCUUGACAUAAGCAACAAUUCUAUAUAUGAUUUGCCUAUGCUACUGAAGGCGUUACAUGGUUGCAUGGAGCUGCGGCAGGUCAGUCUGGAAGGCAAUCCAGUUGCGCAGGAGCCACAGCUACUCUCUCACCUUAUCUCUGUGUUACCACACCUGGACUCAGUGGACGAUCAACCUCUCUACCACCCACUGCCUGAGAAGAAGUUUGAACUACCGGAUUUAGUAACAUCCAGUCCAGUAUACCAACUUUGUAAGCGGCAGUUGUUAGAGCAAGACAACAUGAAUACUGCACACCGAAACUCUCAAUAAAACAGCCAGAGCAAUCUCUCAAAGAACCAGGGAAUUUAUGGAAACAAAGGUGGAACAAAGAAAGCAGUUUGAGUGCCUAUUGAUACAACAUGUGAAGCAGCAGGAGGAACUGGGUCAAAGAAGUGUGAGAGGACCAUUUGAAGAGAAGAAGAUGACACAACCUGCACAAGAAUGCCCGCUGUAUGAAGACACUGACAGACAGGUAUCAGCAGCCACUGUGAUCCAGGCAGGGUGGAGAGGCCGGGUGACAAGGGCCAGAGUGACAGCCAUGCAUCGUGCAGCUGUGAUAAUUCAGGCUAGGUGGAGGGGGGUUCUAGCUCGUCGAUCAUUGGCCCUGAUGAGAGAACAGAGGAGAAAGUUUAUCUGGGCUGCCACAGUCAUACAGGCUAUGUAUCGAGGAUAUUGGGUGCGGUGUAAGCUACGCCAGGUGAUGCAACAUGCCAAGUAUGUCAGUGAUGAGGAGAACAGUCUCGAGGAGGACAUUGAUUUGAAUAUGAAUGAAGAAGAUUUGUUAGGAGAAGAUUUUGCUCCAUUCAGUCCACCAACCCCAGUGUGUCCUCCAAUCACUACUGCUACCUCCUCUCACCCUGACACUCUCUCUCAUCUGACACCUGACAACUACCAUGGCCUGCAGAAUGACUCAAUAAGGGAACCAGUAAUUUCCCACCAAGGCUCAGAAUCAGCUGCAUCUCCUGAAGAAGCGUUCAGUGAGUCAGGGGGUAGAUGGAGUGGAGCCAGAGAGAGUGGGGAGAACUGGGGCCCUCCUACUCAUGCCUGGACUGAAGAUGACCGGAGAACAUCCUCUGCUGUUUCUCAGGGCUCUCUCGAGGGUUCUCCACAUCCUUCAUCUCCCAUAUCGGGAAAGAGAGUAGUAAAAGAGAACAUAGCUGAUGAAUGGUAGGAGGAGCCCUAGGGUUCAGUCAUUAGUUGUAUCAUUGCUCUUGUCUUGAGUAUUCCUGGUAGUCUUAUAUUCAAUGCUGUAGUAGAUUUCGUCUUGUGCAGUACAUGAAGGACUACAGCGUACAUGCUACUCAGUUGACAACAAUGUCGCUGAUGUUUUUAUAUCUUUAACUUUUUGAUGUCCUCAUCUAGUGAGACACACAGUUUAACCCAUAAACAUUCUUUUCACUGCACUACACCAGGGAUUCAAGACCGAUACUACAGUCAACCUCCUGAUGAAAAGAGCCAGAAGGCAAAAGAUGUUUAAAACAAAGCUGCACAAAGGAAAAAGAAUGGCAGAUCCAGCUGAAAGACUGGCUGCAUUCCAGAGAAAGGGUCAUGUGGUGAUGGGCCAACACUGAUCCAGGACGGUCAGAUCAGUCUCAUCACUGGGGACAGCAUACUUAUCAGUCACAUAACUCCCCAAUGUCAUCAACAAAGAUGUAUCAGUGGCAUCAUGACCAUACCGUGAUCCACAGGACGUUGAAAGUGCAUUAGUGUCAUUUGCCAAGAAAGCUGGAGCUUGAAAGCCAACACUAACACACACCAUCACAUCCAGUUGCACUCUGCCACAACUAGACCAGAGAGUAUUAGCUGGGUAUGUCUCCUACAUUAGUAGUAAGUUACAAUGUGUCUUUAGUGACCUCAUGUCAGUUCUCA